UUUUAGCGUGCGUCGUUUGUUUUCUGGCUGUCAACACGGUGUGUAAACACAUACACGGUACAGCUCCGGAGAGAGCGCUUCUAUCUGCAGGGCAGACCCCAUUCUCUCUGUCAGUUUAAUAACAGUGAAUGGGAAAGAGUGGGUGAUAUCCCCCGCCGCCGACUCUGGAGCAUUGCAGCGGGGUAGAGUCCCGAAGACGAGCCAGCCCCUGGUCGUUUCAUUGUGCGGGAGGACGGAGGCAGCUAAGCAGCGCCUGUCGACGAACAUGGCAGCGGCGACCGUUGCGGAGGCUGACCCGGCGGAGAGCGAAGGCUGUGCCGGCUUCACUGGCGUUCAGAGCAGGGGCUGGGAUGAGUCUCAGCUCCGGAAAUAUUCCUUCGCAACCAGGCCCAUUCCCCGGCUGUCUCACACGGACCCCAGAGCAGACAUGCUAAUAAACAACGAGGAACCUGUGGUUUUAACAGACACAAACCUUGUGUAUCCAGCGCUCAAAUGGGACAUUAAAUACCUCCAGGAGAACAUUGGAAAUGGAGACUUCUCUGUUUACACUGCAGAAAACCACAAAUUCCUGUACUAUGAUGAGAAGAAAAUGUCUAAUUUCGAGAACUUUGUUCCAAAGUCACGACGAAUGGAGAUGAAAUUCUCUGAAUUUGUGGAUAAAAUGCACAGAACGGAGGAGAUGGGAGGAGAGGAGAGGGUAUAUCUGCAGCAGACUUUGAAUGACACAGUAGGGAAGAAGAUUGUUCUAGACUUCCUCGGUUUCAACUGGAACUGGAUCAACAAGCAGCAAGCCCAGAGAAACUGGGGACAGCUGACAUCCAACCUGUUGCUCAUAGGCAUGGAAGGCAAUGUGACACCAGCACAUUACGACGAGCAGCAGAACUUCUUUGCACAGAUCAAAGGCCAUAAGAGGUGCAUCCUCUUCCCCCCAGACCAGUUUGAAUGUCUCUAUCCGUACCCUGUGCAUCACCCCUGCGACCGACAGAGCCAAGUUGAUUUUGAUAACCCUGAUCAUGAGAAGUUUCCCAAUUUUAAAAACGUUGUUGGCUAUGAGGCUGUUGUGGGCCCUGGAGACGUGCUCUACAUCCCCAUGUAUUGGUGGCAUCACAUUGAAUCACUGUUGAAUGGUGGAGUGACUAUUACUGUAAACUUCUGGUACAAGGGUGCCCCCACACCCAAGAAGAUAGAAUACCCCCUGCGAGCACAUCAGAAGGUGGCCAUCAUGAGAAAUAUUGAGAAGAUGCUGGGAGAAGCACUUGGAAACCCACAUGAGGUCGGACCUUUACUGAAAACGAUGAUCAAGGGCCGAUAUGACCAUGACUUCAGUUAGAGCCCCACCCCGAAAACUUUUAACUUGGCUGCUUCAGAAACUGUGUGCGUGUGAAAGUGAGACUGCUGCGUGUGUAAUGUGCAUUCACACUUUGGAGCUACCUAUCAGUGCAUUGCAAUAAGCAGCCACCUCGAAGCCAUUCUGCUUCGUCUCCGAGUGCCAUGUUCAUCACAAAUCCAUCAACUGAAGAAGACAUGUUUGACAAACUCGUGGGAGUACACCCAGCGUAAAGAAGUCUUUGAAGAGGAGGCCUGAUUUGGCUCAUGGCUAGAUAUAUUUAUGUGACCCAGUCUCAUAAUUCAAGCUAGUGGGUUUUUUGGAUGCAUUUGCUCACCAAGAGAUCGGUACCUUUGGAACAACCUCAGUAUUUUGACCACUAAUGGAUGAGACAAGGGGAAUUACAUAUACAGUACACAUCCAGCAAAUACAGGACAUUACUUAAAUGUAAAAAGACCAUACUGCACACAUUUUUAUCAGACAGCUCUAAAACUGAUUUGGUUCAUACCACUAAUGAUGACAGGUCUUCUAAGUGUUUUUGACAUAUUUAUCAAUGUAAUCUGCAUCCUUUUAGGGAGUAAUCAGCAAGAAUCUUCUGUUGCAAAGACGACUGCAUAGGCAUGAUAAUAAAACACAAAAGUACAAUGAUUUCUGAAAAAAAAAAAAAAAAAUGGACUCAUAUACUGAUACAUAUUCAGCUUAAGGGAAUAUGUGACUGCUUGAGGCUAAAUUGUUUUAGCUGAGUGAUUGUUUGUGUUUUAUUUAUGCCCUUGCUCUUUUGAUCACAUUUCAAGGACUUUAUUAGACAUGCUAUUGUGCUUACUAGUAUAUUUGAGGGGGCAGUGAAAAUAAACUGUACACUGCAAUUUUAGUUGCAAAUACAGUUAACUAAGUAAGAUAAAAUACAAUAAGUUACUGUUUUUGGGGAAACAUCCCAGAUGUUUAUUGGGAACGAUGCGUAAAACUGGAUAGAAUCAACAGCUUCAUUGAUUUAAAUUCAUGUUAUAAAUGGAUAGCACUAGCAGAAUCAUCUUAUGGGAUGUAGCUCAUGUAUCAGCCAUUGCCUUGCAACAAAAGUACCAUCUAGUGGUAAAGUUUGCAAUUGCAUGUUGAGCUUGAAAUUGUCAUUGCUUGGUCCAUGCACUGUCCUUGCAACAAUACAAAUCAUGUUGUAUCAGAUGCAGCAUGUCCAAAAAAAAAGCAAUUAUGCUGGAGUGUGCACAAAAGUGUGAAUCCAGCUGAAAACUUAGCACUUAAAUCCCCAGAAAUACACGUUGUUUUUUUUUUUUUUUUUACUUACAUGCAGCCCACCAUGAAGACCUUAGUAUGUAAACUUUGAAGUGAUCUCUCAAAACUGCAAAAGUGUACAUGUACCAAAAGAGGAGGUUAAUGUCAUAUUGUGCUGUAUGUGCCAAACCAACCUAGACAGCAGUACAUAUUCAGAAUGCUUUGUUUUCCUGUACCAUUAGAAGAAUGAGGAAGUGGUGAACUAUAAAAUAAAAUAGUUACCCAAUCGCCAGAUUCACCAGAACACAUUGACCUGAUAAAGGUUCAACCUUUGAAUUGCUGAUAAUGUGCAUAUCUAUGUCUUAACAGGGCUACUUCCUCUAUAAAAAUAACUUACCUGAUGAUGCGUCGUGGGUUAACCCUGUUUACUGUAUGUGCCUUGCUUUACAAUGGCAUGGCACUAAAUGUUGCAAGGACUUGAUUUUUUUUUUUUUUUUUUUUUUU